AUGGCUUCCGUCAGGCAGUUUCCCACCAUCAAGGCCGUCCGGUCGUUUGUUAUCGGAGGAGUUGGAUCAGGUGGUGACUAUCACAACGUGGAAGGAGGCCACUGGCUCAUCGACUCGCCCAUCUCCACCCCAGCAUCACAAUGGGAGCAGUACCGCAAAUCCCGUACCAGCUGGGGCAUCAAUGUCCUGGGUUCCUUCCUCGUCGAGAUCGAGGCCUCAGAUGGCACCAUUGGCUUCGCCACCGGCUUCGGAGGCCCGCCCGGCUGCUGGCUCGUCCAACAACACUUCACGCGCUUCUUGGUCGGCGCUGACCCCCGCAACACGAACCUACUGUUCGAGCAGAUGUACCGUGGCUCCAUGUUCUAUGGGCGCAAGGGCCUGCCACUCGCUGUCAUCUCAGUCAUCGACCUGGCCAUCUGGGAUCUGCUGGGGAAGCUUCGCAACGAGCCUGUCUACAGACUGAUCGGAGGCGCGACCAAGGAGCGCCUGAACUUUUACUGCACUGGCCCCGACCCGCCAGCGGCAAAGGCCAUGGGAUUCUGGGGAGCCAAGGUGCCACUCCCAUACUGCCCCGAGGAGGGUCACGUGGGCCUGAAGAAGAACGUUGAGUUCCUGCGCAAGCAUCGCGAGAGCGUUGGCCCGGACUUCCCGCUCAUGGUGGACUGCUACAUGUCCCUAAAUGUGUCAUACACGAUCGAGAUCGCAAAAGCCUGCCUCGACCUCAACAUCAACUGGUGGGAGGAGUGCCUGACGCCGGAUGACACCGACGGCUUCGCGCAGAUCAAGCGCGCCCACCCAACGCUCAAGUUCACCACCGGAGAGCACGAGUACAGCCGCUACGGGUUCAGAAAGCUCGUGGAGGGCCGUAACCUCGACAUCAUCCAGCCCGACGUCAUGUGGCUGGGUGGCCUGACGGAGCUGCUCAAGGUGUCGGCCAUGGCUGCCGCCUACGACAUCCCCGUUGUGCCGCAUGCAAGUGGGCCAUACAGUUACCACUUUGUCAUCAGCCAGCCCAACACGCCUUUCCAGGAGUAUCUGGCUAACAGCCCGGAUGGCAAGAGCGUGCUGCCUGUUUUCGGAGACCUGUUCCUUGACGAGCCUAUCCCCACGAAGGGUUACCUGACGACGGCGGACCUGGACAAGCCCGGUUUCGGGCUGACGCUGAACCCGGCUGUGAGGUCAAAGCUGAUCCCUGCUGAGGCUCUGUUCAACCCUACGGUGCCCAAGAGCUUGGACGCACCGGCGGAGGAGAAGAAGGAGGCAAAUGGGCCUGUUGCGAACCUGACGGAUAAGGUCAAGGAGCUUACCACAUCAUCAUGA